GAUUUUAAGUCAUGAACAGCCUUGCCAAAAGCCUUUUGAAGUCAGUGAGACGCGGCAGGAGUGCGCGGCUGAGGAGCAGCUCUGCUGGCUCUGGGGAGCAGCGUGCGCGGAGCUUGGUGCUGGGGAUAGAGACGAGCUGCGAUGACACGGGCGCUGCCGUGGUGGAUGAUGCUGGCUGUGUGCUGGGAGAAGCGCUGCACUGCCAGAACCAAGUCCAUUUACAAACAGGUGGAAUAAUUCCUGUGGUGGCACAGCGACUUCACAGAGAAAACAUUGAGCAAGUGGUACAAGAGGCACUUCGUGUCAGUGGUGUUUCUGUACCUGAGCUUUCAGCUAUUGCAACUACAGUGAAACCUGGACUGGCACUGAGCCUUGGGGUGGGGCUGCAGUACAGCCUGAGCUUGGUCAACAGGUACCAGAAGCCCUUCAUACCCAUCCAUCACAUGGAGGCUCAUGCACUGACCAUCAGGCUCACACAUCAUCUGGAUUUUCCCUUCUUGGUUCUUUUACUCUCUGGAGGCCACUGCCUCUUGGCAGUAGCACAAGGAGUUUCAGAUUUCCUUCUGCUUGGACAGUCCAUAGAUAUUGCACCAGGUGACAUGCUGGAUAAGGUAGCAAGAAGACUGUCUUUAAGAAAGCACCCAGAGUGCCAGAGCAUGGCUGGGGGGAAGGCAAUAGAGCACCUGGCUCAGAGUGGGGACCUGGAACGGCUCACGCUGCCACUGCCCAUGAAACAGUAUCGGAACUGCAACUUCUCCUUCUGUGGGAUGCAGAACCUUGUCAAUAAUGCCAUUGCACACAAAGAAAAGGAAGAAGGUAUCCAAGAAGGUGAGAUCCUGUCCUGUGCUCAGGAUAUUGCUGCUGCAACUCAGCAUGCAGUGGCUGUUCAUAUCAUCCAGAAGACAUACCGAGCCAUGCUCUUCUGCAUUAAAAACAGCAUAUUACCAUCAAAAAAUGCAGCCUUGGUUGUCUCAGGAGGAGUUGCAAGUAACCAGUAUAUCCGAAAAGGUCUACAGAAUUUGGCAGAUGCCAAUGAUUUUGCCUUUCUGUGUCCUCCUCCAAGACUGUGCACUGACAACGGCAUUAUGAUCGCAUGGAAUGGCAUUGAGAGAUUACGUGCAGGACUUGGUGUUCUACACAGCACUGAUGGAAUCCGCUAUGAACCCAAAGCUCCCCUUGGAAUCGAUAUUUCAAAAAGAGUCGAAGAAGAUUCCAUCAAGGUGCCAAGAUUAAAAGAGAUAAGAUGGUUGGCAACUUAA